GCAGAUAUUAAUAACAAUAAUCGAAAUUAUGUGUUUUGGUAAAGGGAGUAAUGGAUAUCAUUCCUUAGAUCGUUACUCAGCCACAGCUGGACUAUCAGCUGCUGGAUUUACGGCGAUAAUUCCAGGUUUUUAUCGUUCUGUCGCUAGCGUUUUGCAGGUUCCACGGUCGCGAGCCGCCAUGUUUAUCACCCCAGCAUUUUGCGGGAGUAUCACUUGUUUGUCAUGGCAAUAUCUGGUUUCUAAUCCGAUAAAAAGGCGUAAACUGGAAUGUGUUUCAUGUGCAGCUAUCAGAGGAUCACUGAUUUUGGGUCUCAGCGGCUGCUUGUUACCGUCAGUUUUAAUAGCAUCGUUACACUUUGAGAGAAACACAGGUGUACCUAAGCCUCUCUUCGCUUCUUUUCUUGACUUUUGUUAUUCUCCGUAUUACGGCCGAUCGAAGGCGUAUAUCAUUGGACUUGGAGUAUUUCAAGCGGUGCUUGGGUAUGGACUGGCCAUCUGGGUUUACAAAGACGAGUUCAUUUACAGGAAGAAUGAUCCUAGUUGAUUAAGACUGUAGGUUGUAAAGAACUAUUUAUUUACUAGUUUUUAUUAAACAUAUUGUAAAGAUGCUUGGUCAUAGACGAACAAUUUCAGAGUAAAAACGUUGUAAGCAUUCUUUUUCAUUGGGGGAUCAAGGAGGGUGGAAAACAAAACCAAUGUUGUCACCCUCCCUUCCCUUAGAAAAGGAUAGAAACCCUGAUUCCUUCAUCAAGAACCUUAUAAAAGGCUAAAAAUUUGAUUUUUUUCAAGAAGGUGGGGAAACUAAACUAUGUUUGUAACUCCUUCCUCCCCCUUAGGAGAGGACAGAACUCUUUAUUCCUUCCCUAGGAAACCUUUGAAAGGCUAAAAGAAUUUUCUUUCAAGAACAUAAACUCAUUUUUUGUGUGUGUAAUAUUUGUUGAUAAAUUUUUCUUGUGAGCCAUGCCAGUUUACAUGUAGCCUGGAUCAGUUCUCUUAUCUCUCAAUACGAAUAUAUGUUUGCAGGACAAAACAUUUUAAAAAACAGUUCUAACAAUUCAGUUGCAUAGUCUGAUUGUCCAGACAAAAGUAACAUGUAGCACAUGUAUGUAAUCUUAGUGUAUUCUAUGUUUACUUGUAAGUGGUCUGCAAGAUUUCAGGCUUCCC